UUCACACACUGAUACAUUGUUGCGAUUCAAUGAUUUCCUUGGUUCUAGUGUAGAACCAAGAGAAUACUUGGUGCAACUACGAGUACGUUUCGAUUCUUCAUUAACGGACGAAAGGCUUCAAGGCUAGGCCCACCAAACGAACGUUGAGCGCGACGUUCCCACCCAGAUCCUACAAACUAGCCAGUCAGAUUCUUCACACUUUGUCUACGAUCUCGCGUUUUGAUUAGCCAAUGGAAGGCGACCAUUCUAAAGGUCAGGGGGAGGACGCGUAAAAGUUCGUGGGUACCCGAAUUGAAAAACAGUCCCAUCGAGGCUCGGAUGGUGGGGCGAAGAUGGUUGUGGAAGUGGAACUAGCGCCAAGUGAGCAGCUCACUGAAAAUGAGUUGCUUCACUGGAUUAAUCAAUUACUGACGUCAGGCUUCACCAAGGUGGACCAGAUAUGCUCAGGUGCUCCCUUCUGCCAGCUGAUAAACCUUCUCUUUCCUGGCUCUGUAAACUUGGAGCGGGUCAAGUUCCAGGCACAGCAAGAACUGGACAUUCUCCACAACUACAGUCUUCUUCAAGUUGCUUUCAGGAAGAAUGGGAUUGCGAAGACAAUCCCAGUGGAGACUUUGAUUCAAGGUCAAUCCAAAGAUGCCUUCCAUCUUCUGCUGUGGUUCAAGGACUUCUUCAACCAGAAGUUGGAUGGACAGACAUGUAGUAAUUUACCGUUGCCUACUCAGAACCCAAGCGAUAACCAGAUGGAUUUAGAUGUCCAAUGCCAAGAUGACGCGCCCAAUAAAUCUGAAGAUUCCUCUCCACUGAGUCACUCCACUGAGACCAGCAUGGACACUUCGGACUCAACAGAUUGUCCCAACUACAGCGCGGCCACACUCAAGUUCAUCCAGAGACACAGGCCGGAACCAUUCACCGCCUCCAGCCCACCCUUAUCUCUGGGGGACGCCAAGGACAUUACGGCUAUCUGUUCAGACACGGCCUACUGUUUGUACGUGUAUGGGGAUGUGGAACUGGGAGAGGAAGAACGGGGAAAUGUCAUUCUGAUUGGAUUCUUUGACCAAACCGCUGGACAGUAUUGUGUGCGGCUGCUUGAUGUUAUCCAGCCUGUGGAGAACAUGGAAGCAACUGAGCUGACAAGUUUGCUAGAGACACUGAAGAGGUUUGAUGUUCCCCUCACAAACUGUGCCGCAUUCUACUGCAACCUGGAUCUUGAACGGAGCAGGGCAUUGACUUUGGGCCUGAGGGCAAUAAACACAUCAAUUGUGUCAUUUGGUGGCCUUGCUGUUUUAACUGGGCAGGCCUGUCAUGACGGCCUUGCAGCGACAGGACUCCAUGACCAGAUCAUAGAACUUAUCAGAAAGCUGUCCUCCCAUGUCUUUUCCUCGGGCAAUAACGGCACAUUGAGGCAGUUUUUCUGUGACUUAGCAAAGCUGAACACGGAUCAUGCCGUAACUACACAGAGCUUGCUCUUCAUUAGGUCUGUGUGUAAGAUUUCCAAGCGGUGGUCAGCGCUGACGGAAUACUUCCAUUCCCGGGAGGAAGGGGAUGAGGAAAUGGCUAGCAUCCAUUCCUUGCUUAUGGAUCGCAGACUGCAGCUCGUGUUCAUGUUCCUGAGCUUUGCCUUGGAGCCUCUGGCUACUUACCAAGAGACCCUGGAGGAAGGUCCCAAGGUGGGGAAGGUGCUCCAGGACGCUACUGGCUUGCUGAAGCUCUACACCUCUAGUUUCCUCUCCCCGUCAGGGAGUGCACGCUUCCUCAGGAAGUGGGAUGAGACUCUUCUUCAUGACAAGGAGGAACUUCUUCCCAUGCACAAGGCCAAACUGGGUCGGCAGGUUGAUGAGUUUUUGUCAAACCACAAGGCAGAAGUGGCUGAUUUAAUGGAAGAAUUUUAUAAAACAACAGUUGCCUUCUACGUAGCGGUCACAUCAAGUAUUACCAAGACCUUACCCCUUAGCAGUGCGGCCUUUACAAAUAUCUCUGGCAUCCUGAAACCAGAGGGUAGGGUAGUUGUGACAAGCAAAGCAGUGGUGGACAUUGCCAGUCAGAUAGGGUUUUGCCAGGACCCAGAUGAGGUCACUCAACUCACAGAUGACUUCCUUGAGUAUCAGCUCUCAGACAACGUGGACAUUGAGGCAGAUGUGGAUUGUCAUUGGAAAAAAGCACUGACGAGGAUGGGAAAGAGUUCCCUGUUCUCCAAACUCGUCCUCAAGUUUUUGGCUUUUCCUAGAGUCUUAACAAAGGACAAGGUCUUUGAACGGGUAUUUCAGGGGACUGGAGAGAGCCAGAAGGAUGUGGCAGUGGUGAGAAGCACUGAAGAGGACCUGGAGGUCUGCAGCAGCACAGAUGAACUUUCUCCUAUGGAUGUUGACAAAGAGACUGAGGAUGAAGAUGAUGAUGAUGUCAUAGCCACAUCUGAAUCCAUCGUCAUAGAGGAUUCUGAUAGUGACGAGGAGGCGAUCAUUUGGACAGAUGUGUCUUACAACAAGAACAAUACAUCAACACCUGAGGUGCAAAAAGAAGGGUACCCAUACCAGGAUGGACAGGGCUACGAGGUUGGCGAGCUGGUCUGGGGUAAUGUGACUGGCUACUCCUCAUGGCCUGGGGAGGUGCUGCCUUGGAGAACAAAGGAUACCAAACACUCCGUCCGCAAAAUCAGAUGGUUUGGAGAUGGCCUGGUCUCCAGGAUGCAUAUUCGUGGACUGAAUCCCUUCUCUGCUUUCCCCGAUUUCUUCUGCCACAAGUCUCUUGCCACCCUGGCCCAGUACAAGGCUGCCAUCAUGCAGUCCCUCCAGAAAGCCUCAGAGCGUUCUGCGAAGGAGUUCUCGCUGAGGACUGACAACAAGGAUGAAAUUCUCCGGCAUAUGCUAGAUUGGGCUUUUGAUGGGUUCAAGCCCUCUGGGCCAGACGGCUUCAAGCCCAACGGCAAAGUUAUACCCACAGAAAAAACCCGCAAACGUAAGAAGCGUGUGAAAAAUCAUCCACCACCACCCGUAGACGGUCAACAGAAUGUAGAUACCCCAUCCACCUUGAAACAAGUCUCUGUGUCUCUGAAUAAAUUGAACUUGGCAAGUAAUGCCACGAAAAAGGAGAAGAAACCGCUUGAUGGAUCUGGAACGAAGUCUCCUAGUGUGCAAAAGCGAGGUCGUCCCAAGAAAUUGACACCUGGGCAGAAGAAGGAGAAGUCUCUGAAGCGAUCCUUGGACAAAUCCAUGGACAAAUCUGUGGACAAACCCACGGAAAAAGCCACGGAAAAAGCCACGGAAGAUCAGCAGGAACCAGAGGCAGAACCAGAGCCAGAUUUCACUAGAGAGGAAAUGGUGCAGGAGGUUUUGAUCAAAGGCAAGAAUAUUGAAGACUUCUGCCUGUCCUGUGGAACUUCUCAGAUUUCCAUCUUCCAUCCAUUAUUUGAAGGUGGCCUUUGUUCAAAGUGCAAGGAUAAUUUCACUGAAACACUUUAUCGCUACGAUGAAGAUGGUUAUCAGUCCUACUGUACUGUAUGCUGUUAUGGAUUGGAAGUUAUCCUGUGUGGAAAUCACAACUGCUGCCGGUCAUACUGUGUGGACUGCCUGAAUAUCCUUGUGGGCUCUGGUACCUUUGAGAAGCUGAAGGAGAUGGAUCCCUGGAUCUGCUACUUGUGUGAGCCCAGUUCUGCAGGCGGCUCACUGAAGCCACGGCAGGAUUGGAGCAUCCGGGUCCAAGAAUUCUUUGCCAAUGACAGUGGCUUGGCAUUUGAACCUCAUCGAGUUUACCCUUCUAUACCAGCGAACCAGCGACGGCCUCUUAGAGUGCUCUCCUUGUUUGACGGCAUAGCCACAGGUUAUUUGGUCUUGAAAGACUUGGGUUUCAAAGUCGAGACAUAUGUGGCAUCUGAGGUUGAUGACGAGUCCAUUGCUGUAUCUAUGGUGGCCCAUGAUGGAAAAAUUGAGUAUGUGGAUGACGUGAGGGCCAUCACGAAAGAACACAUUCAGAAGUGGGGCCCAUUUGACCUCCUUAUCGGUGGAAGUCCAUGCAAUGACCUGUCCAUUGUCAACCCUGCAAGAAAAGGAUUAUUUGAGGGAACCGGCAGGCUGUUCUUUGACUUCUAUCGAAUCCUCAACAUCUUGAGGCCCAAAGAGGACGACCCAAAGCCUUUCUUCUGGCUCUUUGAGAACGUGUCCUUCAUGAUGCAUCGGGACAAAACGGACAUCUGUCGUUUUCUGGAGUGCAACCCUGUUCUUAUUGACGCAGCUAGAGUCAGUCCUGCCCACAGGGCUCGCUGCUUCUGGGGUAACCUUCCCGGAAUGAACAGGCCCAUCAUUGCCAGUCAGAACGAUAAGCUGAGCCUUCAGGAAUGCCUGGAAAUUGGUCGCACAGCCAAGUUUACCAAAGUGCGCACCAUAACAACAAGGUCGAAUUCCUUGAAGCAAGGCGCCAACGAUGAUUUGUUUCCCGUGACCAUGAAUGGAAAAGAUGACAAUCUGUGGAUCACAGAGCUAGAGAAAAUUUUUGGCUUUCCGAAACACUACACGGACGUCAAGAAUAUGGGCAGGCAGCAGAGGCAGAAGGUCCUGGGGAAGUCCUGGAGUGUUCCGGUGAUCAGGCACCUCUUCGCCCCUCUGAAGGACUAUUUUGCCUGUCAUGACAUGGCCUCAGUCACCACCAGCAACACUGUGGGAUGCUGAGUAGUGUCUGCUGACAGAAAAUAUGAAUUUGUAUACUUUUAACUUUUUAAACAUUUUUUUGUAAAUAGUGUCCAUAAUGUAGUAUUUUUUAAUAAUGAAUGCAAUUGUUUGGUAGUGAUUUUUUUUAAACUCGUUAGGGUUUUACUGGGCUGUGAUUUUUGUACUUGCAUUUUGUAUAUUGCCGUAUUUUUUUUUAUUGAAUGCUCAGAUCAGGGAUGGGCAACUGGAAGCCCGGGGGCCACAUGCGGCCCGCUUCCUCACUCAGUGCGGCCCGUAGAUAAACCAUAUUUAAUAAUGAGCAAAUAAUGAGCAGACUUUUAUUAAACCACUAGUGAGUCAAUAUGUUGAAAUUAUACUGUUGGCUGACAGAGGACGAAUCUGCAAGUUGUAGUCAGAUCCGUGGUCACCCGGCCCUCCGAUGGUCAAUAUGAAAAAGAUGUGGCCCUCCUUAUCAUGAAAGUUGCCCAUCCCUGGCUCAGAUGAUUAUUUUAAUGAUGUUUUAAUCUAUCCAUUUAUGUGAUGGGUCAGUUUGAUUUUAGUAUACACCUACUCAUUUGCAAUUAAUUUAUGAUCUUUUAAAUCUAUUUACAGGAACAUGUUGACGUGCUUGUGUCAGUUAUGAAUCUGUUAUUAAUUGGCUUCACAUGCAUAAUCACAUAUUUGUAAUGUUGUGUGAGAUUUUAAUUUAUCCAUGUAAUAUAUCUUGUGAUAUUGCUGUACAUGGCAGUCGUGACCUAAUGGUUAGGGCUGUGGACUUCGGUGGGUUGCAGGUUGGAAACUGAAGUGCCCUUGAGCAAGGCAUGUAAUUCCAUAUUGCUCCAGAGACUGUAACCAGUACCUUGUAAAUAAUUGUGAGUUGCUAUGGACGAAGUGUAAUGUAAUGUAUAAUUGUACAUGUUGGUUAGGUGAACAAGCUGGUGAAUCUCAGGAGUUUGACUAUGCUUAAGAUUGCAUUCACACUAACUAAAUAUAUACCUCCAAAUACAUUGCUGGUUUGAGAUAAUGAA